UGUCUCUGUAGAGGUGGGGGCAGAGAGCUAUUAGCUGCGCGCUGCAGACAUCAUUAGGAGGGGAGACGCUUCCACCGUCAGCGCCGGAGCAGAGCAGGGGAGCCCUGGCAACAAGGAGACACACAAACUCAGCAGCCCGCUAAACACCCCGCAUGAAUGGUGACCACACCUGCAGACAGACGGACGUGAACAGACGGCGCAGACAUCUGGGACGCUUCCCUUCAGACUUCACAUCGGGAAGUGCAGCUCCAGUCAGUUGUCAGCUGAGCAGCAGGCUCCACCUACUCCGCCCAAGUAGCUCUGCCUCCUCUGCUCAGGGAGUGCUGAGUCCCUGAGUCAACACACUGCAUUCUGGGAUAGUCUGGAACCCUCUCCAUGGGCUGUACCACCUGCUGACAAACCAGGGGGGUCUGGAGGAGUUGUGUUGAAUGAGGAUUGUGCUGCGUGUGGGCAGACUUUCUUUUGCAGGGAAAUGAUUCCACAUGAAGUGCAACGCACUCGACCCCCCAUCGUCCUCUGCGGCAGCAGUAGGUGUGACGGCGUGACACUCUCCCCUACCACACUGAGCUCCCCCCUCAGCCGCUAAAGGUCCCUGGACGGAAGAGAUCACCCUACCCCUCCCCUCUAACCAUCCCUCCAUAUCUUCAUCUCCAUCUUUAAUCCUCACUCACCUGCUUGUUAGGGCCUGGAUUUUCUUUGUUAUCAAGAAAAAGACCUGAUAAUCAGCGGCCUUGGGUGAACUGGAUAGCGGGGGAAAAAAAGACAAGAUUGGGAAGGUUAAUUUAUAGCUAAUUAAUGUGAAACAAAGGACAAAACAUCAAAAGUGAGAAAAGGAGAAAGGAAAGUGAGAAAGAAAGUCAAAGAGCAAGGGAACAAAAAGAAAGAAAAAGCUAUUGUCCAAAACUUAAGGGAAGAUAAAGCAAGUACAGUUGAGGGACGUGAGGUGAAGUCAGAAUGAAGUCCAACCAGGAACGCAGUAAUGAAUGUCUGCCCCCAAAGAAGAGGGAGAUCCCCUCAAGUACGUUACCUUCGGAAAAUCGCUCCCCGACCAUCCCACCUGCCAGCGACAACCAGCGCACAGAGAACAUGGCCUGGCUUGCCAGUGUGGCUAGUGGGAAUGAGAGCAGUGUGGGUGCACACCGUACCUUCAGUCAGUCUGAUGGACCCCAGUAUAAAUCCCCCUCCUCUGUAUUAGACUCUUCGUCCUCUUCCUCACUGAGGCUAGUCUCGUCCCUUCCUACAGUGUACACAUCCCCCCUGUCACAGUCCACAGUUGGAGGAACUGUCCAUUACACCCAACUGCCUCCCAAUCUGCAGUUUAUAGCCUCACCCUACACUGCUCCGUACACCGGCUACAUCUCCCCUCAACUGCUUCCACCUCCUCCUCCACCUCCGCCCCUCUCCUCCUCCUCCUCUUCCUCUUUGGCUGCACAGAGACCCUCACACACAGAGACAGCUUCUGCUCCUUCGCAGGCCUCCAAACAGGACCAGCAGCGAGCAUCCACAGGGCGUACCUCCAUGCCUCCCCCUACAGACCCCGUCCCCCACCAUGUUCAAAUGUCAACGUCCCCACGGACUGUGCCGUCGCCUCACCACCAAGGAGGCACUCACCUUCCAUCCCAGUCACUGCAUCCCCACCAUACUUUGGGGCACAGCAUGUCCCAGGUUGUGGUGCAGUAUACGGACGGACUCACAAGGAAGGAGGAAGUUGGUUCCAGACCCAGAGAGCUCCACAAUGGAGAGCUGGAAAGAGGCCGGCGGUUUGGGGUGUCCCCUGAGUCCAGCCUCUCCAAGUCAGGAAGCAAAUCACGGGAUGCAACUUCCUCUUUGUCUUCCUAUGAGGCCCGCCAUCUGGUUCUGCCAUCAGAUUACUCUACUCAUGAUCCCUCAGGGUUGAGAACCUCUGUCAUGUUAAUGCCCAACAACCACGGGGACCACCAGCUGGUACCACCCAGAGCCAGCCCUGAGAAGCUAACAACUUCUGCCCCCGCACACCUGGAGAAAGGUGGUAUCAUCCUGGGCAAACCUGUCAAUCGCGCACCAUCUUCAUCGAACACCACCUCGUCUUUCACGUUUCCACCCCCACUAAGUGUAGACAGCCUGAAAGCUGCUGUCAGCACGCUGUCACCCCAGACCGUCAUCCAGACCACCCACAAUGCUACAGAGACACUGUCAAUGGGGCUACCUUCCACCAGUAUCUACCCUCAGCCGCCUAUUAUUGGUUACAUCGCAGGGGGGAGUGGAAGCACCUACCACACCAGCCUACAACAACACUUACUCAUUCCAGGCACCCAACCGGUCAUCAUCCCUGUUAGUGGAGGUGGAGUUCCCGCCUUGGAGCCUGUAGCCUCCCACGUUACAUCAUCUACCCAAGGCACACCUUUUCCUACAACACUCCCACACACAUAUAUCGCUACCACUGCCCCUAAAGGAGAAACUCUGGAAACCCCCAGCAGCUCGUAUCACCAGGAUGCUUCGGGUGCAAUGGUCCAAGCCCAGCUUCAUCUUCCCAUUGGUCCUGCUCCUCCGGGGCUGGUUGCGCCUUCUGCUCCUCCUCCCCCCUCCAGUACCAUGGUGCCCCCCUCACUCCCGCCAUAUUUCAUCAAGGGGUCCAUCAUCCAGCUCGCUGAUGGCGAGCUGAAACGCGUGGAGGACCUGAAGACAGAGGACUUCAUCCAGAGUGCAGAGAUCAGCAGUGAACUGAAGAUCGACUCGUCCACAGUGGAGCGCAUUGAAGGGAGCCACACCUCACCCAACUUUGCAGUGGUUCAGUUCUCCGUUGGUGAGCACCGUUCACAGGUGAGUGUGGAGGUCUUGUUGGAGUACCCCUUCUUCGUCUUUGGCCAAGGCUGGUCUUCAUGCUGCCCGGAUCGGACCACCCAGCUCCUGGAGCUGCCUUGCACCAAGCUUUCUGUGGGCGACGUUUGUAUUUCACUCACCCUCAAGAACCUGAGGAAUGGAUCUCUGAAGAAGACUCAACCUUUGGAGCCAGUCACCCAUAUGUCUGUCCCACCCUCCAGCCACGGGCACCUCAAACCCCCCAGAGCCGUCUCAGCUCCCCAGAGCUGCAGUGGAGGAAGCUCCAGGCACAGAGAGCGGGAGAAUGGCAUCAGCCAGCGAGGGAGCGGUGAAAGUGGGACGGGAAGUGGAGGAGGCUCCAACAUAGAAAACGGGGAUCUCAUGUUUGGGGAAAGAGGGUCUGUUUCUAAAGGUCAGGGUGCCAGCAGCAAAGACGCUGGCUCUGGUAAGCCAUCAGGAGGCAGGAAGCGGAGAUGGUCAGCGCCUGAGGGGCGAAAAGUAGAAAAAUCAGAGGAGGAGCCACCUCUGACCCUGCCCAAACCUUCCUUCAUCCCUCAAGAGGUGAAAAUCAGCAUUGAGGGAAGGUCAAAUAUUGGCAAGUGAAGGCUAGCAGGACUGUUAAUAGCCUUGGGAUUUAAAAAUAUACAUAAAAGGAUUCUACAAAAAACA